GACUCGGCGGUGCGGCCGAGCGUGAGGCGCCGGAGUCGGCCGGCCGUGCGCGACUGUCCGCCGCGCCCUCUCCACAGGGAGGAGGACAGUGAGGACAGCAGCACGACGAGGGUCGGCGAGCAGGCCGUGAUCCACGUCCGCAGCUUCCAGGCGGGGGUGGCACACCUCCGGGCGAACGUCGUGUCCGCGUCCCGCACUGGCCCCGCAGGUGGGACCGGCGACGACGCGAGCGAGUCGGCGGACGGUCUGGAGCCAGCCCCGCCUUGGGCCGCUGGGCACACCAACGGCCGCCUCCCCAUCCAACUCGUGGCCCUGGGCCCGCCGCUGGCCGCUCAGCCCUCCGAGCCCGACGCUCAGAUGGGUGGUUCAGGAGGCGAGCGCGGCCGCUUCGGGUGGACCUGCGCGGCGUGCCAGGCCGACAACGCGGCCAGGCUUCAGUGCUGCCGGUGCGGCGCGCCGAACCCGCGGCUCGAGGCGUCUUCCGAGUGGGCCGAGGGGUCGGAAGCCGAGGGCCCGCCCGACGCCGAGUGCCCCGAAGCUGAGCCGGGAGUCAUAGCGGAGGGGCUCGACAAUGACGCGGCAGCGGCGGUCGUCGGCGACGCGGACAUCCCCUUGUUCAACGGGCACACCCAGAGGUCGAUGCGCAGGCGGAUCGAGGCCGACGACCUCCCCGAGCCGGCUGGGGCGCCCACCUGGCGCGCGCUUGCCGAAGCGGGGUCCCCAGCGCGGCGGGUUUCCGCGCGCGCGCGGGCCCGAUUGUGCAGCUCGGGCUUGGCUCCUUGCGCCGGGCCCGGUCGCGGCCAAGGCCCCUCCCUGCGCUUCACCCACCCAGUACACGAUUUCGUUGCCAC